UUGUUUGAAGCGGCAGUCGGGAUUUUUACCAAACCGGUCCCCUGAUCCGCCACAGCGGUAUUGAGGCUCGCGCUCCCCCUUUGAAGCAGCGCGCGGCCAGAGGGCUACCGCGCUCGCAAUAGCCAACAGUAACGCUUUGCUAAUACUCCGUAUUAUGUGACAUGACUUUAGGCCGAGUAAUGAAAGUGUUACAACAUUUCCAUCGUUCGCAGAGCUUGGCUGUUGCAAGACAAGGCGAACCACUCGAAGAUCGUGACAAGUUUGCUAUUGUAGCAUUUCCUGAAGAAGAUCACAGCUUGGCCAUUAUUCACAAAACAUGGCUCGUUGAAAGCACUGAAACGACAUUUUGGCCUAAGGAAAAAAAUCCUAACAAGCGUCGUCGAAUGACAAUCGAAGGCGUCAAACCACAAGACAGUUGGAUGCAGGUCAAAUGCCUGAUCAAGGACUGGGCUGACACAUAUGAGAAGGCGCUGGAGAAACUUCAGGCUCUGGAGUAUACGUCAGACUUCACUAGUGAAGAAGAGCUAGGUCGUGGCAAGCGAAAACGCCGUCCGACCUUUCCUUUUGACUAUGAUGACAGCACCGACACUACAGGUUCCGACGAUGAAUAUGAACCACCAAAACCACCCACGCCACCCCAGCCACGGAAGAAAACAGGUGCCAACUUCUCUAAGUCACCUCUGCAUCACUCUGCCCUGUACGAAACUGUCACGUCCCAAGCCACAUCCCAAGCACGUGCCCAGUCUUCACGCAUGCAGCCACAGUACAUAGGUCUCGACAAUGUCCAGCUUGUACACGCAUCCCACACGAACAGGAUGAUGUCCAGCCCGAGCAUCCAGCCUACAGGUGAUGACUUGGGUCCACCAGUGCACACACCAUAUGCGAACAUUUUGCCCCAUUCAAGUAUCCAGCCCACAGGUGUCCACAGCGUCCCCCCAGUGCACACUCUAUACAGGAGCAGGACACCUCACUCAAGCAUCCGGCCUGCAGGUAUAUCUUGCAGCUUAAGUGGCAUUCGAUAGAUUUGACUCAUUUCU